CAUGUGGGGUAUAAUAGUUAUUGUAAUAACAUUUUCAGGCUUAAUGAUUUUUUGGAUAAUUUGAACAUGGGGGAACGGACUAUCAAAGGAUGCCUUGAAGCUUAUAGUUGCAAACAUGCUGGAACGGAUAAAAAACUCUCCAUCAGUUUGGAGACCGAGAUACUUGAUUAUCUUGGGCAAUCAUCUGACACUGAUUCAUCCUCACCGGAUCAAACCUUAUUAACCAGAACCAGCCGAAAGACAUUGGUUUACCUGGUUCUUACUCUGUAUCACAUAUAUCCCGAUUAUGAUUUCAGUGCAGUUAAAGCUCACCAGUUUUUCGCAGAAGAAUCAUGGGACAGUUUUAAGCAGAUUUUUGAUACCUACAUGUGUGAAGCUUCAAAGGUGCUCCUAUUAAUAGUUGGUGGGACUUCUUUGAUGGACACCUUGUUCAAGGCCCUGAUGCAGGUGGUGAAGUUAGCGGAUUGUGAAAUUUAUGGCUACGUCCCUGAUUCUGAGGCAGACCCAUUACAAGAGAGUGGAGCAAUAUGGUCCUUCAAUUUCUUGUUUUACAAUAGAAAGCUUAAGCGGAUAGUAACAUUUCGAUUCAGUUGUUUUAGGUCAGUUGGAAAUUUCACAAUCUGUUCUGAAUCUAUUUGGUUGCAUCUACAUUUAUUCCAACCACAAUUCCUUUUGUGGCAGUACCUGAUUGCUGGACGGAUGCUGUUGAUGAAAACACAACGAGUACGUGAAGAAAUAUUACGACUGGAUAUUAUGAGUAACUUCUACCUGUUCAGUUAGCAUAAGAAGACCUCUGAUCUCCCCAUGUUUAGUUCGGUUAUAUUGCUGCUUUCAGAUGUGUAAUCUGUAAAUCGAAAAUUGUAUCUGUGGAGAUUGAGGUCGUAGAUAGAACAUAGUAUCUUGUCGUAUGCAUUAGUAGAUUUAAAAUCUGUAUCUUCCCCAGUGCACAUUAUAGGUUCAGAUCUGUAUUUCACCUCCAUGUUAGGACACACCCCUGGUGUAAUACUAGCAAAACAAGCUUAUUUGAAAUUGAACAAACUGUCUUUUUU